ACUGGACGCAGAUGAGGACAUCUUUGAGGAUGCCUUGGAGACCAUCUCUAUAUCUCCCUCGGACAUGGCAACAAGCAGCUUUCCCUUUGUACCAUGUGACACCAAACGGGCAUCCAGACAGCUUGGAGCAUCUGCUGUGGGCAGUUCAUCAGCCAAGGUGGAUCUCAAGAGUGGUCUGGAAGAGUGUGCAGAGGCAUUGAAUUUAUUUCUAAGUAACAAAUUUAAAGAUGCCUUGGAAUUGCUUCGGCCAUGGGCCAAGGAGAGCAUGUACCACGCCUUGGGAUACAGUACCAUUGUGGUGUUGCAGGCUAUCAUGACCUUUGAGCAACAGGACAUCCAAAAUGGCAUUUCUGCCAUGAAGGACGCCUUGCAAACCUGCCAAAAAUACAGGAAGAAAUGCACAGUUGUAGAGUCUUUCUCAAGUCUCCUUUCUCGGGGGUCCCUGGAGCAACUGAGUGAAGAGGAAAUGCAUGCCGAAAUCUGUUAUGCCGAGUGUCUCCUACAGAAAGCAGCACUCACAUUUGUGCAGGAUGAAAAUAUGAUCAACUUCAUCAAAGGUGGACUCAAAAUUAGAACAAGUUACCAAAUAUAUAAAGAGUGCCUUUCUAUUCUGCACGUAAUUCAAAAAAACAAACAUGAGCAGCACUUCUUCUAUGAGUUUGAAGGAGGUGUCAAGCUUGGAACAGGAGCCUUUAAUUUGAUGCUGUCCCUUUUACCAGCAAGAAUUAUCAGAUUGCUAGAAUUUAUUGGAUUUUCUGGAAACAGGGACCUGGGCCUUCUGCAGCUACGGGAAGGUGCGUCAGGAAGCAGCAUGCGGUCCCCACUCUGUUGCCUUACCAUCCUAGCUUUUCAUACCUACAUCUCCCUGAUUCUUGGUACAGGAGAAGUGAAUGUUGUGGAAGCAGAGAGUCUCCUUGCACCCUUCCUUCAACAGUUCCCAAAUGGCUCACUCAUACUGUUCUACCAUGCCCGAAUCGAGCUGCUGAAAGGCAACGUUGAAAAGGCUCAAGAAACGUUUCGAAAAUGCAUUGCAGUUCAAGAAGAGUGGAAACAGUUUCACCAUCUCUGUUACUGGGAAUUAAUGUGGAUUUUUAUAUAUCAACAAAAUUGGAUGCAGGCGUAUUAUUAUUCAGACCUACUUUGCAAAGAGAGUAAAUGGUCCAAGGCAACCUAUGUGUUCUUGAAAGCUGCCAUUCUGAGCAUGCUUCCAGAGGAGGAUGUGGCAACGACUAAUGAGAAUGUGGUGGCUCUGUUCAGACAGGUAGAUGGCUUAAAGCAGAGGAUCGCAGGGAAAUCUCUCCCAACUGAGAAGUUCGCUGUGAGGAAGGCACGUCGGUACUCACCAUCCUCAGGUGCCCCGGGGAAGCUCGUCUUGCCAGCUCUGGAAAUGAUGUACGUCUGGAAUGGCUUUUCAAUAGUGGCCCAAAGAAAGGACCUUUCUGAAAGUCUCUUGGUGACUGUGGAGAAAGCUGAGGCAGCUUUGCAAAAUCAGAACUUUGCUGACUCUGUGGAUGAUGAGUGCUUGGUGAAAUUACUGAAAGGAUGCUGCCUCAAGAACUUACAGCGGCCCUUGCAAGCUGAGCUGUGUUUCAACCACAUUUUAGAAAGUGAAAAGCUACUGAAGUAUGACCAUUAUCUGGUGCCAUUCACUCUGUUUGAGUUGGCAUUUUUGUAUAAAAGCCAAGGGGAAAUUGACAAGGCCAUAAAGGCCCUAGAAACUGCAAGAAACAACUACAAAGAUUACUCCUUGGAGUCUAGACUACACUUCAGAAUUCAAGCAGCCCUUCAUCUCUGGAAAAAGCCAUCUUCAGACUGACUGGAAUGUACAGGAUGGAAUCCUCCCAAACAACAUGGACUCUUGCUAUGGAGAUCAGUCCUGGCCAAGGUGGAAGCAUGAGGGAAACUAUUGUCAGGCACUUCCUGUCUCCUGAGUGGCUUACUGUUGGUCUACAUACUUUCCCCUAUGGAAUGACAUCCAAUAUUGUAUAGAAAUUCUUAUACUCUGCCUUUAAAAAGAAUUUCACAUUAGAUUUCAAUUGAGGGGUGAAGUCUUUUUAAAAGACUGACAGGUACAAUAAAGUCUAGUUAGAUUAUUUAUUUUUUUAAUGUGAAAAUUAAUAUUGUUCAAGUAGCAAAUGGCUUUAUAAGCUAAGCCAUUUUUAGAUUGGCUUGUCCUUUAAACUUCAGAGAUAUUUUAUUGCUUAGUAUUUAAAUCAGAGCAGAAAUAAAUAUCACAUCUAAAAUAAUAUAGCAGUGGGUUUCUGAAGUUCUGGAAGAGAGAAGCAGAGGGCCCGAGGGGUGACAUAUUCCUAGGCUGAAGGGCCUGCGUCUCUACAGGGUGAUGCAGUUGUCAGCUCUCGGGUUUCCACUGUCUCAGUGGUUGAAAUGAAAGUUUUUCAGAACGAUCCUGUUUUUGAAUGUACUCAUAUCUGAUUCAGUAAUAGCACUCAACCAUACAGACACAUUUCUUAUGUAUCUAUGGGUAAAAAAAGCUGUAUUUUAGAAUUCUCUAACCUUAGUGCUGAGCCUGAAAUAUAGGCUAUGACUGCUUUUCUUAUAGUAAGGAAAAGUCCCUGUUGCUUUAAGUGGUAUGUAAAACAUCACUCAUUUUUACACUUAGGAUGUGGCUGGCCCAGUGCUAAUGUAUUUUUGUUUUUGUUUUUGAUUUUUAACAUCUGGGCUAUGUUUUGGUUCUCUGAGUAGGAACCAGAACUAGAGCAUGGAGCUGGAUGAGCCAGGCUCUGCUACUGGUGAGCAGAUGACUUUUCUGGAGUUCCCAUAUCUGUUAAUCACUGUGUCUUUCUCAUUUGUGAACUAGAAAAAGAACAGGUGACAUUAAUGGUCUCUUUGAGUUUUAGAACCGUGAAUCUGUUGUGUAUUAGGUAUUUUCAACAGUGUUUAGCAUUUAUCUACACUCUUCCCAUUUAGAAUGUUUUGUAGUGUUUUUUUUCAACCCACCUCCCCCUCCACCCAAUCCACUGCCUAUGGUCGGUGUUACAGCUAAGGUCCAGAUUCCAUCCAGUGAGGAAAAACAGUUCAUGAGUCCAUGAAUCUGGGAUUUUGUCCCAUUUACUUGUCUAGGUGACAUUGGUUCCACCUUUACCAGACAGAGCCCAGGUUUGUAGUUAGGAGUCUCUCUCGGUUGGUGAAUACUUAACAACACAAAACAAAUAACUUACCCUUUCUAGGACUUGGGUUUUCCAGUGGGAAUAACAAGGUAGCACUCCUUGCUCUGAGGCCUCAGUUAGAUGGUACAUUCGGUAGUUUUCUGUACCCUGGGGAGGCUUUAUACAUAUGUGUGAUUCUGAUAAUUAUGGCUCUGUGCAUGGAUUACAGUACCUAUAAAGAAGUAUCUGCUGCAUAUUUGGUCUCUGCUAUAAAAUGAAAUGAAUGUGGGCAUUCAGAAGCCUUUCAGUUCAUGCAUUUAGCACUGACAGUAGCUUACAUUAUGGAGUUGUUCCUCUGUCCCCUACUUCAGUCCCCAUGCUCAGCAGGCAUUGGUAUUGGGUUACUUAAGGUACCAUUUCUUGAUCAACAUCGAGGAAAUAUUUAUUGAAAGAGCUGAUUAAUGCACUUUGAGUCAGAGGACCAUCCCUGACUCAAUAACUUGGGGGCAGAUAUCAUUAUAUCACAUUAAUAUGAAUUAUACAACUAGCUACAGAUGGAAGGGGAAACACAUUGUAAUGCUACUAUAGAAAUAUGUUCAAUAAUUAUAUAUAAAACUUGGAAGAAAAGUGUAUAAAUUCUUUAGAAGAGCUUUGAUAACAUUAUUUUAAAAGCAUAUAAAGUCAUUAAAGACUAUAGCUGGGUGUGGUAGCACAUUCCUUUACUUAAUCCCAGCACUUGGGAGGCAGGGGUAGGUAGAACUCUGAGUUUGAGGCCAUCCAGGUCUACAUAGCGAGUUUCAGGCCAGCCAGAGCUACAUAGUUAAACCAUGUCUCCAAAAAGAAAAAUAAACAAAAAGAAUAUUACCCAUAUUUUGUGAGAAACCGGCAGAGCUCAUGGUCUGUAACAAUAAAUUCCCAUUUUGGUAUAAAAUAAGAAAAAUUAAGCUUAAAAAUGACCAUGUUAGGGGCUGUAGAGGUGGCUCAGCAGUUAAGAGCACUUCCUGCUUUUCUAGAGGACCAGCACUUGUUUCCCUGCACCCAUGUCAGGCAGUUCUCAACUGUGUGUAACUUCAGAAGACCCAACACCCCCUGCUGGCCUCCGUAGGCACUUGAACAAACAUGGCAUAUGUUCACAUAGAAGAAACACACACAUACACUUAAGUAGAUAAUCAUUUUUAAAUGACGACUUUUACAUUAUCAAACAAGUUCACCUGUGCCAUUUUUUUUUGUUUUGUGGUUUUCUUGUUUUUAUUACUCAUAUGCUCUUUGGCAGUUAGCAGUGUGGACCAUCUAUCUAGUGGCUUUAUAAAUGCUGCAAUAGAAUUAAUGCCACAGACAUUUAUCCAUUUCCUGUCAUGUUCAAGAUACUGUACCAGCACCAAUUUCUUAGGAUGUUUGUAAGGGUCAUCUUUCAAAAUGUGUCUUUUGAUUUAGGACGUUUUGUGGAGAGCAAGUGCCCAAGACACAACAAUUUAUCUAAUUGUCUUUUUGAGAGGCACAAGUAGUGGGUUAGGUUUCCAGUUCGUCUAAUGACAGUUUGUAUAGCAAAAUUACCUCUGUUUAUUUUUAAAUAGCGAGUCAGUGUUCUGAUUGGUGCUUUGUAAGUAUAAAGGAUGUGUUUCAGAGCUGUGGUGAGUAGGAAAACCUGGAAGGUUAACUACACCAACUCCUGUGUAUGUUUGAACGCUUGCUCUUCCUGCAUAUAAGACACAUUCCCAAGUUACAGAACAGACAGUGGCUUUCCAUCUGUCUUGAGGACAGGGGAAGACAGUGGGUAUGAGCUACAGGGAGAUAAAUUCUAGAUUCCUAGGUGUGAAGGGCAAUCUGUAGCCCUUAGAGCAAUCCAAUGGUCCAACCAGCUCCUUGGAGAGCAGUACUGGGUGACUGUCAUUCCUCCCUGGUCUGAGUGCCUGGGUUAAUUGAGUUGGAGGUUAGGUUAUUCUUCAAUUUUUUGAUCAGGGCUUAAAACCUGUGGUGUGGAAGGGUGAAAAGUGAGUGCCUCCUCUUGAAAUAGAAGUGCGUGUUCUUUUGUCAGUCAUUCUAUUGUGAUGGACACAUCUGAUUGUGUAUCAUCUCCAUCCCUGUGAAGUCUAUCGAUCUUCUUGAGUAGAGUCCCAUUCCCUGGACAAUAAGAGUAACAAGGACCAAGUGGAAAAAUUAAUUCUGGAAUUAUUCUGGUUAAUUCUCUAGACAUUUCAUUUUUUCUAUUUCUUUCUAAUCCCUUUGUUUCUCUGUAUUCCUGAGUCACCGAUUAUGGUGCAUUUGGUUGAGUUUAGUUAAUGCAGUUUCCGGCGAUUGGAAUCCUAAACGUUUGUAAUUCAUCAGGUCUGGAUCUUAGAAAAUUAUUUUGUCCUUUUCACCCUUUGAACGUAUUCUUCUUCUGCUCUCCUCUGUCAGGUGUACUAGCCACUUGUCAGCUGUGGCUGCUCCACUUCUGAAAUGGCCAUGGGCGGUGGGACCUUCUUUCUUGCCUGCAGCAGUUCCCAGAGGCUCCCUGGGUUCUUGCCCCCUGGCAUUCUGGCAUUUGAUUGCUCUCUGCUGUGACUGCCCGUUCCUCAUCUGUUGUAUCAUCUUGUUUCAAAUCUCUCUCAGUGGUUUACUUUUUCUGUUUAAGUGCCCUUAACAGAUGAAGGUUGGUCUCACCCGCCUCAUGCCCCUGUGAACUCCUGUGUGCCCAUCUAAAAGUCCUUAUUUUUAAGAUUGCUAGGUUAGUCUUAUUUUAUAAACUAUCUUUGCAUGUGACAAUAGUUAGGUAGAUUUCAGGAAUAGGAUAAUUUCUGAAAAAUUUAGUGAACCCUUUGUGAUACUUUUACAUUAUCAACAUGCUAACAUUGACCCUCGUAGCUAGUCCAAUAUACUACUUAAAAAUUGUUAGGCACAAUUUAUCCACUUAAGGAAUAAAAUGGAAGAUGAUUUAUCUAAAUUUAAAUAUUUUAUGCCUUCCAGUUGCCUUUUGUGAGUAUUAUGAGUGUGUGUAUAUUAUGAUAUACAAAAAUAUAAAUUUUGAUCUCUUUAAGCACCUCUUUAUUAGAUACAGUGAUAGAGCUAAUGUAUCAGUAGACUGGUCUAUAGAUAAGUUAGACUGGUCUAUAGAUGAGUAAUAGAAAACAGUCCAUAUUGGCAAAUUCUUCAUGCCCUUUAAAGAGUGGAAGGAUUUCUCUAAAUAGUUCUCCCACAGCCCAAUUAUUUGCAUAUUUUUCUGUAUGUAUUAUAUUUCUAGAAUCCUCCCUCCCUAGUUCAUAUUUUGGUCUAUUGUACAUUUGCUGUUAGCUUUUAUUAGAAUGUUGAACUUGAAAUGUGAUGUAAAGGGCCCAUCAGACUCUAUCAUCAAGGAAGCUGGGGUUCGUGUUGAGUGGCUACAUCUGAUCUGGACAGACGUUCAUAUGUGGGAACAUAUUUAAGUCCAUUCCAGUCCAUUUACUCCAUUACUUCAGAAAGAAGUGACAGAGGAACUAUCUUGUAUUGAGAUGGCUGAGCAGGUUCUCAGCCUGAACCAUUCAGAGGAUAUAUAGAAUAAGAAGACUAAGCCCUGUGCCCUCCUGUGUGUAGUACAUAGUAACAUGUGUUCAUCACAGUUACACUGCAACAGAGAGGUGUGCAAAGAUCAAAGCAGAUGCCUCAUUGUGUUUAAAUAAUAAAGACUUUUGUACAUGCCUGCAGCUUGAAUUUUAUUUUGCUUUAUUUUAUUAUUUUUGUGGUGCUAGAAAUGGAACCCCGAGGGCUGGUGUAUGUCUUGUAAGUGCUCCACAACUGAGCCACAUCCUCAGCCCCAGGUGGAAUAUCCAAUAGGAAAAAUCAAGGUACAGUAGUAACAGACUAUAGUAAAGACAUAGUGUACCUUGUAUGCUAACUCAGUAGUUCUUAGACUGUAUAGCUAAAGGAUGAACUUAGGACAUGUGCAUAUUACAUUGUAUGCAUCUUAACUUUUUUUUACUGCACCUUAACUUUUUUUUAUUGCACCUUAACUCCCCCCCCCUUAGGGCUGAAUUAAAAGUCUUAUUUAUUUGGGUACCAAAAGAAAAUAGAAAGAAAUUGUUUUCAGUGAAACAGAACUGGUAAUGAGAGUACCUGAACACAUUAAAGAAUAUUACUUGCAUUUAAUUUUGAAGGAAUUGCAUCAUUUUGAGCUUGAAGUAUACUCAGUUUGAAGAUGUGAUAUAUUCUGCUUGAGGAAUUAUACAGACUUCUAACUAUAGUCUUGUCUUUAAUAGAGUAGAAUGCCCAGGCCGCAAUUUUGGAGCUAAUAAAUGCAUAUAAAUAAGUCUUCACAAGUUCCCUUAUUUACUUCCUUCCUUCCUUCCUUCCUUCCUUCCUUCCUUCCUUCCUUCCUUCCUUCCUUCCUUCCUUCCUUCCCCACAGUAGACAGUUACAUGCUUUCUGUAUGGCUCUCCUCUUGCCCACUCCUGUCCCAGGGCAUAAACCAAGGGUACUGGCACACUGCUAAGUAAGCACUGGACCACUGAGCACUCAGCCUAGGUGAUUUAUUUUUAAGGAAGUAAUUUGAGAGAGAUUGUGGUAAACAUUUUAAAUCUCAGGCUUUUGGUUCUAUUUAAUGAUGUAAGAAAAUAGCACUGUUGGGUCCAGAUUACCCAAGAUUUACAGAGACAGACACGUGCUGUAUAGGAAGGCAGUUAACAGUUAACAGUGUGCUGCACUCAGUUACCAUAUCAUGGGGGAUUCUAGAGCUAAGUGUUUAUUUUUUUCUGUCAGCUUCUGAACACCUGAAUGAAUAUUAACUGUCUCUUUAUAGAUUACUAUUUUAAAAUAUUUAUUGCAGAUGUUCAUAGAAUACUUAAUUUUUGAUGCAAGUUAUAUACAAAGGCAUAUAUAUUUAAUAAUUGAGAUGUAUUAUUUUAUUGUACAACUUAUUUCCAAAGCCAGUUUACUUUGUAGGUGUUUGUCUUUUGAGAAUUUUUUUUUUUCUUUUUACUUUUUACUCAAAAAGUAAACCUGUCUUCUCUCUGGCUUGUAAGAGGCCUUCAUGGUAACAUUUGCCUUUCACUUAUUUUUGGAUUAAGCAAAAUAAAGGCAACUGUAAACUAAUUUGGAGUUUUCAGUUGAAUCAGUCAGGCUCCCAUUUGUAUUUAGGAUUCAGUGUCAUGCUGCUCAGACUUGGAGGUGUCUUGUCCUGGCCUCCUUUCCCCAUGUUACUUGAGCAUGGCCUGUAGUUUAUUUUCAGCAGUCAGUCUUACAGAGGAAAACCAUUGUAGAACUUGAAGAGGUUAGGACUCUUUGUAAAGUGAAUGUGUUAUCAACAUCCAUCUGCUAAUCAAUGGGUUUUAGGUUCAGGUCCUAGAGAGGGAAAGAGACCAUUUAGAAAGUUUUCCAUUAGUCAAGGAGGAGGAAGAAGAAAAGUGUGAACUAUAGUUUUCAUGUGUUCCCAUGACUUUGUAUGCUGAUUUUGUGUCAAUGGUAUCAUCUGUGAUGUGUAGUGAAUGUAGAUAAAGAUUUAAAUUUUCAACAUGAAGACAACAGUUCCUGUUUCUAUUUUUACACUUUAGACAGUUUUGAAAACAGAUGUCAUAUUAGAAAUUGUAUUUUUAAGUGCAAAUAAAUCAAUUUGAAAGUCAGUGUUUCCUUUUCCCUCCUUUGUAUCUUAUAGAAGACUCUGUGUUAUUAGAUACAUAUUUGAGUUGCCAGAUUGUUUUCAGAAUUCUAUAUUUUCAUAUUGCUAUAACCAGGUUACCUACAAUGUGCAAUUGAUUUGUUAUUUAAAUAAAUGACACUUGAUGGAAUUACA